AUGGCGAGCUCAGAUGAAGGAAGGUUGUUGGGAAGCGAGUAUCAGGUGUUCCUAAGCUUUAGAGGACCGGACUUCGGCGCUAGAUUUACCAACCACCUCUAUCAUAGCUUGAUCGAUGCUGGAAUUUGUGUCUUCCGAGACAACGAAGAGCUCCGUGUCGGUGAAAGGAUCGAUGGAUCGCUUCGGCAAGCAAUCGAUAACACCAAGAUCUAUAUACUCAUACUCUCUCGGAACUACGCUUCAAGCCAAUGGUGCCUUCGUGAGCUUGUGCAGAUCGUGGCAAACACCUCCGGCUCGGGAGGCAAUAAAGAGAUCCUACCUAUUUUCCUCGAUGUGGAACCUAAUGAUGUUAAGCUGAAAACUCUGUUGUAUGAAGAUGCCAUACUCAAUUUGAAGCAUGAGAAGAAGUUGAGCGAUGAGGAAGUAAAUGAGUGGAGAAAGGCUCUAAUGCAUGUUGAUGCGAUCAAGGGGUGGGAAGCGAAGAAGUGUAUGGGCCAUGGCGAGCUCAUCAAAUUGGUAGUUGAGGAGGUCGUGAAAAAGCUGAAGACAAAACAUAGAUUGGUGACUGAACAUUUAGUUGAAGUUAAAGAUCAAGUAGCGGCAGUAAGUAAAUUGUUAGACAUCGACUCCAGCGAUGUCCGAGAGAAGUCAUCAAGAACUAAUGGCUUAGUUGAGUUGCAAAAAAAGUUACUUUCUGAAAUCGGCCAUCGUGCAGGAAUAAUGGCCAUUGAUGAAAUUGCUUAUGGAAUGGAGAGGCCUGGAGACAUACUUUGCAAUAAGAAAGUCCUCAUUGUACUUGAUGAUGUUGAGAAUAGAGAACAAGUAGAGACAUUAGUUGGAGAGAGAAAUUUGUAUCCAGGAUCUAGAAUAUUGAUAACAACUAGAAAUAAGGAUAUUAACACCCCAAAGUAUCAAAUUUUAGAUUAUGAAAUGGAGGUGAUGAACAUCGAUAGAGCGCUUGAGCUUUUCAGUAGGCAUGCAUUUGGCAGUGUCUCUUCUCCAAAUGAUUAUAAUGAUCUUUCAAGGGAAAUUGUAUUAGCUACCGGGAGACUUCCUUUGACUCUUGAAAUUUUGGAGAACAAUGUGUUUUGGAUGCACGAUCAACUCAGAGAUCUUGGUAGGACUAUUGUUCGCAAGGAAAAUCCAUUGAAUCCCAGAGAGCGUAGUCGAAUAUGGACUAAUAAGGAGGCCCUUGAUGCAAUACAGACAAGAGAGAUAAAAAAGAAUGUUCAAGCACUAUAUCUUGAUAUAGAUCCACGAGAUUCCCCUAACGUCAUUGUUCAAAGUGAAGAGAUAGAAAUUCAAAUUGAUGGGUCUCAAGUUCCAUAUCUAAGGGAGUUGCACGUGGCGCAGUGUGAAGCCCUUGAGAGCAUCAGGCUAUCAAGCAUGAGAAAGCUAAAAGAUGUUGAGGUGGGUUGUUGCGGAAAGCUAAUUGAGAUCCAAUUUUCUUGGGCGUCCGAAUCACUAGAGCAUUUGUCUAUUUAUGAUUGUAGGUCCUUCAAAAGGCUAGUUUGCAUGGGGGAAGCGGGGCAUGAUAACAAUGAGACCGCUAAUGAGAUGAUUAGUUGUGAAGGGAGACUAAUCAUUUCAACGAGAGCCUUAAAUCAGCUGCGACGUUUCAAGCUGCGAGAUAACAACGAGAUAUUCGAGAUUCACGUUGUUGGUAGCUCGGCAUCGUGGGAAGUCUUCAGUGUUUUCAGUUGUCCUUCGCUGCGAAGUCUUCGUGGUUUACCAAACUUAAAGAACCUUCGGUAUUUAUCAUUCUUCGAGUGCAGUGGCCUACAGGUUGUCGAGGGCCUCGACCAGCUAGAGUGUUUGAAGGAGUUAACGGUUUGGGAUUGCGAAUCUUUGGAAAGGUUGAUUGACCUGUCAACCACCAAAUUGCCAGAUGAUUGCCACUUACACAUCGACCAUUGCAAAAAAUUAUGUGGGUUUGAGAAACGAUUUGUGGGCCCCUUCCAGUCUUACAAGCGUGAUAAGGUAGUCCUAGUUCUCUCGAAUUUGACUAGCUUGGUUCAGUUCGACCUAUCUAAUGGUUCUAGUUGGAGAGAAGGAAGCAAAAUUCGCCAGUUAGUAGGGUGGACUGGGAGGUUAUCCAGACUGAAUGAGCUGAGCUUGAAUCUUCUCAAUGUCCCUGCUCCUACUAAGUAG